UAACAUUUUUACCUUAAAAUUCAUUUUUUUAUAAUUUUCCUUUUAUUAUUAAACUUUAAGCACAAACUGAAUCAAAGUUCUGUAUCGAUGUCUAAUAAUACUGAAUUUAAUUCAAAUGAGUGGAUUGAUUGGAUUGAAGAAGCUAUUGCAAAGAAACACAUUAAAUAUUACGAUUACAAACAUUUUAAUAAUAUUCAAGAAAUUGGUUCUGGAGGUUUUGGAAAAGUAUAUCGUGCUAACUGGAAAAGUUUUCACAAUCAUUUAGCAUUAAAAUCUUUCUUUAAUAUCAAUAAUGCCACAGUUAAAGAAAUUGUUAAUGAAAUUAAUCUUCAACGCAAAGUAGAUUUUCAUGAAAACAUUAUUCGUUUUUGUGGCAUUACAACAGAAGCAAAUCAAGACAAUAAUUCAAAAAAAUAUUUAAUGGUUAUGGAAUAUGCUGAUAGUGGUACUCUCCGAAAUUAUUUAAGUGAACGUUUUGAUAAUCUCACUUGGAACAAUAAAUUGGAACUAGCAUUUCAAUUAGCUAAUGCUAUAUCAUGCUUACAUGAUAAAGAUAUCGUUCAUUGUGAUUUGCAUUCAAAUAAUAUAUUAGUCCAUAAGAAUACCAUUAAAUUAGCAGAUUUUGGAUUGUCAAAAAGGAUUGAAGAAUCAUCCAACGUUCAAUCAAAAUUAUUUGGAAUGGUUGCUUAUGUUGAUCCACAAGUAUUUAAUACAAAAAGGGAUAAUAACAAUCAAAUACAAGUAUAUAAUAAAAAGAGUGACAUCUACAGUAUCGGCAUACUCUUGUGGGAAAUUUCUAGUGGACGGCCACCUUUUCAUAAUGAAUCACAUGAUGUUGGUUUAGCUAUGAAAAUUUUACAAGGUCUUAGAGAAAAACCUAUUUCUAAUACACCUGUAGAUUACAUAAAAAUAUACACUGAUUGCUGGAAUAAUGAACCAGAUAAUCGUCCAACUGUCAACCAGGUUAUUGCAAAAUUAAAUG